AUGAGUGAGAGUCUUUGUCUCAACGACGGCUCCCUUGGACCAGGUGUCCGGGGAUGUCGUGGGGAUUUCGACUUUACGCAAAAGUUUGAGCGCAUCUUUUUACAGAUUAUUCCUGCUGCUGUUUUUAUAGCGGCUGCUUUCGCGCGUGUGGUUGUGCUGUCGCAGAGAUCUAGGAUUGUUGGGGGUCUUGUUUUGCAGUCGCUCAAGGCCGGAUUCUUGAUUGUGUAUUCCAUCGCGCAGCUUGCGACUUUGAUCCUCGUGGCCACGGGAACUCGAGGCAUCGUCCAUGAUCUAUCUCUUGCUGGCUCUUGUCUCACCUUUGUCGCUUCGCUUUUUGCCGUCUCGUUGUCAUACACAGAACACUCAACCGCCCGACGACCAUCGACGUUGCUCGCUAUUUACAUUCUCUUAACCCUGCUCUUCGACAUUGUCCAAGCCCGCACAGCAUGGCUCAUCAUCACCAACUCACAUCAAACCAUCCAAGCGCGCCUCUUUACCGCGUCCAUCGUCGUCAAACUUGUGGUGCUGUGUCUCGAAACCAUCCCAAAGACGAGAUGGAUUCACUGGAAUGCGGAUGAACACAGCCCUGAAGAAUCGAGCAGUGUGCUUAGUCUAGGUGUUUAUGCUUGGUUGAACAAGCUCUUCCUGCGAGGAUAUCGCGAUGUCAUGGAUAUCGACGAUCUGUACCCUCUUGACGCGGGCAUGGCUGCUGGAAAGCUCUACAGCCGGUUCGCAAAGAAGAUUCGGGCUCACAAGUACCCCAAUGAGCCAAAUUCAGGGCUGUUGAAGGACCUGUGUAGGACACUUCCAGGCCCGUUCCUCUACCCCGUCGCCCCUCGCAUCGCCCUCAUCGCCUUUAAAUUCUGCCAACCCUUCUUCAUCGACGCAACCCUCGAGUUCCUCCAACUGCCCGAGACUCCUACAACAAACAACAUUGGCUACGGCUUGAUCGGUGCCGUCUUCCUCAUCUACUCGGGCAUCGCCCUCUCGUUCGCUUUUUACGGGUACUACAGACAGAAGGCUCUCACAAUGAUCCGCGGUUGUCUGUGUGCUGCGAUAUAUCGCAAGACUACAGAGAUGAAGUUGAUUUCGGCUGAUGACUCUGCUGCCUUGACGCUCAUGAGUACCGACAUCGAUCGAGUGCUCCACGGCGCUGAGGCGGCUCACGAGCUCUGGGCCAACACGAUUGAGGUUUCUGUGGGCUGCUGGCUCUUGUACAACAAAGUCGGCGUGGCUUUCGUCUCGCCUCUUGUCAUUAUAAUCAUCUCCGGCGCUAUACUCGGAUGGAUCCUGGCCCUCGUCGGCAAAAGACAGAACGAGUGGAUGAAGCGGAUCCAGAACAGAGUCGGGCUCACAGCCAAUGCCAUAUCUCACAUGAAGCUGUACAAGAUCUCAGGCAUUACCGGCCCAGUAGCGGAUCUGAUCCAGAGCCUGCGCGUGGGUGAGCUCAAGGUCGGCAAUAGCUUCCGUCUGCUACUGAUCCUCGCCGCGGUCUUGGGUUUCGCACCUCUCGCCCUGUCGCCGGUCGUCACGCUCGCCUUUACGUCUGCGUCCCUCGGCGUCAGCACCAUCUUUACUUCUCUCUCUUACAUUAUCCUGCUGAGCUCGCCAUUGAUCAACAUGUUCCAGAAUCUUCCUCGUGUCCUUGCUGGCUUGACCUGUACGACCAGGAUUCAGAUGUUUCUCGUCGCCGAGUCUCGGACUGACUUUCGUAAUCGAUAUGCUUCCCAGUCCUCUUCUUCCAACUCGGAAAAGACUCAAGAUGGGUCAGAGGACUCUGUCCUAGCCUUCUCCGUUGAGAACGGGUUCUUUGGUUGGGGUGGUGAGAAGACGACCUUAAACCAGAUCAACUGCUCCAUCCCAGCCCACAAGCUCACCAUCGUGGUUGGUGAAGUCGCCUCGGGAAAGACAACAUUUUGCAAAGCUCUACUAGGAGAGGUUCCCGUAUCAUCUGGAACCAUUCAGACCUUCUUUCCCUCCUCUCGAAUCGGAUACUGCGAACAAAACCCAUUCCUCUACAACGCCACCUUCAAGGAAAACAUCAUCGGCCACUGCGCAUUUGACCAGAAGAAAUACGACGAGAUUAUUGAGGCUACUAUGCUCAGUGUCGAUGUUGCUCUCUUACCACAGGGUCAUGAUACCAAGAUCGGGAGCAAUGGUAUCAUGCUCAGUGGUGGCCAGAAACAACGCGUCUCUGUUGCCCGCGCUCUGUACUCCGAGGCCGAUGUCAUGAUCUUUGACGAUGUACUGAGUGGCCUCGAUAACGAUACAGAAGCUGAGCUGUUUCGUCGUGUCUAUGGACCAGGCGGUAUUACUCGCCGAAGAAACGUCACAGUCGUGAUUUGCACGCAUUCGGUUCGACAUCUGCCUACCGCUGACCACAUCAUCGCUCUCGGUUCCGGAGGCACCGUCAUCGAACAGGGUACAUUCCCCGAGUUGAUGGAAAACAACAAGUACGUUCACAGUCUUGGGGUCAAGCACGGAGGCACAGAUACUCCAUCAACCGCGGAGAGCGUCAAAGAGCAAGCCGACACUGUCGCCGUACCCCCUUCGAGAGCUAUCAAGACCGAGCUGGAUGACAAGUCGAGACAGCAAGGCGACUGGUCCAUCUACACGCACUACUUCAAGAGUGUUGGGUUCCUGGCGGCUUUCACAGUCAUCUUUGCGGGCAUCAUGUUUGGAGCUACUUCAAACGUUUCGAGCGUGUGGCUUAAGUUCUGGUCCGAGGAUACCUUUAACAGACCAACAGCCUUCUACGUGGGCGUCUACGCUCUAUUCCGCGUUGUGAACCUCCUAUUCCUUCUUUGCAACGGUCUCUCAACCACCAUCUGGAUGACGGCGUCAGCAGGCACUGAGCUCCACAAACGCGCCAUCACGACGGUUGUAGCAGCGCCGUUGAGGUUCUUCACUACCACCGACUCUGGCAUCGUGACGAACCUAUUUUCGCAGGACAUGACUCUUCUCGACAAUGACUUGCCUCUGGCCCUCACAAACUUUACGCUUGACAUAGCUGACUCUAUGGGCAUGGCGGCCGUCAUUGCAUCUGCGUCGCCGUAUCUCGCAGCAGGCUAUCCUUUCCUGUUCAUUAUUCUGUAUUUUGUGCAAAAGUUUUAUCUGCGUACUUCACGCCAGGUUCGACUUUUGGAUCUUGAGGCCAAGAGUCCACUAUACACACACUUUAUAGACACCAUCAAGGGCGUUGCUACAAUUCGAGCCUUUGGUUGGCAAGACCUCGAUAUCUCCCAUAAUCACCAUCUCCUCGAUACAUCUCAGAGACCCGCCUACCUGCUCGGUGCGAUCCAGCAGUGGCUCAUUUCAACGCUCCACCUCGUCGUCACGGGCCUCGCCGUCCUGCUUAUCGCGCUUGCGACUCAGAUGCGAAGCAAUGCAGGAAUCACAGGUGCUAGUCUCGUUUCUCUGCUUUCGUUUAGUGAUUCCGUCACAAACUUGAUUCGAAGCUACACUCUUCUCGAGACAUCGCUCGGGGCUGUAGCUCGUUUAAGGUCAUUUAGCGAAAAUGUGAAGCCAGAGGAUCAGCCUGGAGAAGAUGUUGAGCCGCCUGAGAGCUGGCCGCAGAGUGGAAACAUCGAGAUCAACGACGUGUCGGCUUCGUAUGAACCCGAGUCUCUGAACGAAGAUGGGGUUGUUAUUGGAUCACCGGCCAAGCUUGCCCUGAGCAACCUCAAGUUGAGCAUCACUCCAGGCCAGAAAGUCGCAAUCUGCGGUCGAACGGGAAGUGGAAAGUCUACAAUGAUUCUGCUUCUUCUUCGGCUCCUUGAUCCUCUCCAGUCCUGUUCGAGAAACAUGGAGAUCGAUGGCAUACCCUUGUACCAAAUCGACAGAACAACCCUGCGAAAGCGCAUAAUCGCGAUCCCUCAAGAUGCGGUUUUCCUCCCCGACGGCAGCUCCAUCAAGGCCAACAUUGAUCCCCUCAACGGGGCCACAGAGUCCGAAUGCAUCCAAGUUCUCGACGCCGUGCGCCUGUCCGGCUUCAUCGAAGACCGUGGCGGUCUCAACGCUGGUAUGAGCGCUGACGAUCUAAGUGCAGGCCAAAAGCAACUCUUUAGUCUCGGCCGGGCGAUCCUCCGACGCCGCGUCAGAGACAGACUCGCAGGAAGUGAAAAACGGGGUGGUCUACUCCUCUUGGACGAAGUGAGCAGCAGCGUCGACAAGGCGACAGACAGGGCGAUGCAGGAGAUUAUCCGUGAUGAGUUUGAGAGCUACACCAUUGUCAUGGUUUCGCACCGACUCGAGAUGGUCAUGGACUUUUUUGAUAGGGUUGUCGUGCUUGACAAGGGCGCCGUGGUGGAAUCUGGAGGGCCGAGAGAAUUGGUUGAUACACCUGGAAGCCGUUUUGGCAGUGGAAGGGUUAUCCCUCAACUCCCGAGGUCGCCCGCUUGCGCUCCUGGCACGCCAGCGAUUCUUGGCCUGACCUUGUACCUCGAGGAAGGAUCGUUCGCGUUUCUCUGGCGAGACACCAAUGGCAAAUUCAUCAACCCGAGAUAUGUUCGACUCGAUGACGAGUUCAGCAUGCCGAGAGCCAGAGCCGCCGCCAUCGAGUUCUACAAUGACAACCAGCGUCAGAGGAUCAUGUCGUACAACAUCCGAAUCGUCGUGAGCGCGGCCCGACGCCGCAUUCGCCAGCAUCUGUUCGACCUCUGGCAUCAGUUCUACCAUCAUCCUCUAUCGCCAUUGAGGGUUACCGUGGAUCUGGCUCGUAGCCCGCUUUUCCAUCCUGGUAAACACCUCGGUGAUGGCCUCUGUUGGGAGAUACAACAGUGGAUCGCGAUGUCCCAGUCAUCCCAGGCGAGUAGAAGCACCGUCACCCACUCUGGUAGCGAGAAGCAACCUGGACGUCACGAUUUCAAGGUUUCUGAGAUACGGCUCUUGGCCAUUCUCCCCAGACUUUCUACUCCAUCACUAACACCAAGUUAA